AACAGAACAACACUGCAAGUAGCACAGACACUCCAAAAACAAACACAUAAAAACAAAAUUUCUUUUGAAACUCUAACAAAAUUGUGGUUCACAUCCAUUCUCCUUCUCCACAUACUCUCUUGGCACCACUUCCAAAAAAGGCAACAUAAAUCAUAUCAUUGCUUCAAUAUGUUUUCAAUCACCAAACUCUACCAUUAUUUGAGCACACGUUCUCUCACUCUCACUGACUCACCUUUCCUCUCAAAAACUUACAAUAUAAACUCUAUCAAUGCUAUUCUUUUCUAAAAUUUCAUGCACGUGAACUAAGUAACAGUGCUUAAUUUAUUACAAGGAUAUUUAACAAAAUUAUUAUUCAUAUUUCUUCUGAUUUGGUUAUUGUUAGAAGGUAAUUGAGUAGUUGAGUGUGGAUCUAGGAUUAUUGAUGCUUGCAGUGUCACCAUUGAGGAGCACCAAAGAUGAAAACCAAGGAGAGAUGGAGAGUUUUUCGAUUACAACCGAUGAAUUCGGUGACCUUUCCGAUGAAAAUUUAUUGGAAAACAUUAACUUCGACGACUUCUUUGUUGGCAUCAACCUCGAUGGAGACAUCUUGCCCGAUUUGGAUAUGGACUCCGAGAUGUUUACCGAAUUCUCCGCAAGUUAUGGAGAGGAAUCUGAUAUAAACUCAUCCGCUAUGAAUAAAACAGAUGAAAAGAGUUAUUCAAAAAACAAAGAUAAAACAAUUUAUUCAGGUCGUCAAGGUUCGGAAAAGACAGUGAGCAAAAGGGAUGAAUAUGUGGUUGUGAAUCCACCUUUGCAAAAAGAUGGUGGUGGGAAAGGAAGAAAAUCAUCAAGUCAAUCUAAGAACACUCAAGGGAAGAGAAAAGUCAAGGUGGAUUGGACACCAGAAUUGCACAGGAGAUUUGUGCAAGCUGUGGAACAGUUAGGGGUGGAUAAAGCGGUGCCUUCAAGGAUUUUGGAGCUUAUGGGAAUUGAUUGUCUCACUCGCCAUAACAUUGCUAGCCAUCUCCAGAAAUAUAGGUCACAUAGAAAACAUUUGCUAGCACGUGAAGCAGAAGCAGCAAGUUGGAAUCAAAGGAGACAAGUAUAUGGUGGUGUAGGAGGAAAAAGAGAGGUGAUGAGUCCAUGGCCAGCUGCUGCAGCAGCACCAAUCAUGGGUUUCCCUCCUACUCCUCCUAUUCCCAUGACUCCAUUGCACCAUUUUAGGCCCUUACAUGUAUGGGGGCAUCCUUCCAUCGACCAGUCUUUUAUGCAUAUGUGGCCUAAGCCGCAUCUACCACAUUCCGCACCGCCGCAGCCUCUCUCAUGGCCAACAGCGGCAGCUCCUCCUCCACCUCAAGACCCUUCAUCUUGGCAUUCUCACCACCAACUGACUCCAAACGCAAUAAUCCGAGGAACACAUUAUUUCUCACAACCUCUGACAACAGUGAGAUCAUUUGGAUGUCAAAUUCCCGGCGGCAUCCCACAGCAUGCUAUGCACAAGCACAAAGCAGAUCACGCCAUUGCCGCUCCCGGUCCUGGACUCGCUCCCUUCGACUUCUAUCCGUCAAAGGAGAGUUUAGACGCAGCUAUUGGAGAUGUUUUAUCAAAACCUUGGUUGCCGCUACCACUUGGACUUAAAGCUCCAGCACUUGAUAGCGUAAUGGGUGAACUACAUAAACAAGGAGUUUCAGAUAUUCCACCCUAGAGCGAUUGAAAGAGUUAAGUAGCCUCAUGAUUUAAGUAUUACAUGGAGUAUUUUGAUAUAUUCAGUGUGGGAUGCCUAACAGUUCCAAUAAAUCCUCCUAAUUCGACGACUUCUCAUCCAUUAAAUGAUUUAAGUAUCACCCUAGAGCUCCAGUUUUUUUUUUUUUUUUUUUUGUUGUUAGAAACCAUGGAUUAACAUAUCUUUUUGAAUUAACAUAUUUUAUUUUUAAUAAUUUUUUUUGACACAAUAUUUUUUAUUUUUUUAAAAACUAAUUAAGUGGAAUUUUUAAAAUUUUUGUCA